GUCAUCUCAGUGUUCGUCAGGUCUCCCCACACACUGAUGGACAUGGUAAGGCCAUGUGUGGAGAUGCUGGGAAGUACCUGCCCCUGAACGGAGAGCUCGUGCUGGCAUCUGGUGCAGGAUUCGCAGCUUUCGAUGGCAGCUGGGAUCCAGGCUGUGACUCAGGUGCAACAGUGAGGUUUGCUGAUGCUGAGCACCACGCGUGGUUCGACCCCACACUGUGGCAGCCUGUGUCCCCUGUCGGGGAGCUCGAGCCAAGCAGGCGCAUCUUUUCUGUGGAUGAGGAACGUGUCCCAUGCCACUAUGAUGAUAUUAUCUUCCAGCCCGAAACCUCCUUCAGGGUAAACGUCGACUCAUCACAGCAAGUGAUUCAUCUCCGCAGCAUCUCUCUCAUGGGCCAGGAGCUCAGCAGCCCCGAGGCCUGGGCUGGGUACCUGCGCGGCCCCUCCGCCGCCCUGCAGUUCCACGGCAAUGGCACUCUGCAGGUGACGGGCUCCGGUUGUCUCGACAAGUCCGGCUGUGCCUGCGGGAACACACUGGAUGGCCACCGCAUCUGCACAGCCCUGCUCAGGGCAUUGGGAGGGCAGUGCCCAGCACCAGCGUGCCAGAGGCCUUUGCAGCCCCUUGGCCACUGCUGCCCAGUCUGUGGAGCCACCAUUAACCUGGAUUUCACUCCUGAUUUUGACCUGCAGAAGUACCAGGACAGGUUGGCCCAAGCCUUGCUAAGCCAGCCCAAGUACACUGGCUUGCAGAUGGCCAUAUCCAAGGUGCAAAAAGAACAGACCUUCCUGGGAGUCAUACCCCGAAGCUCCACUCCUAUCAUCCAAAUUGUGCUGAUCCAUGACGGAACAGGGCUGCAGACCAGCAGCAUUGUGGAACAGCUAGCAGCAGACAUCAUGGAGGACAUAGCACAGCAUGGUGAAGCACUCGGCAUUUCAAGUGGCAAAAUGGAGGUGGCCACCAGCAACGCUUUCAGCGAGCAAGUGGGGAACCACGCAUUGAGCAGCAUCACAACGGGGACAGUCCUGGGGUUACUCUUCGGUCUCCUGUUCCUUGGAGGGAUCCUCUUUCUCCACAGAAAGGGAAAGCUAAGGUUGCCUGCCCUGCACUUUCCCCAUCUCUGGGACAGAGCUGAAGACCCAGCACCCCCUGCACCAGGCAGUGACAAAGGCUUUGACAACCCCAUGUUCGAUGUGGAGCCACCAAGAGCUGACCCUGGAAAGGAAACACUGCAGGAGAUGACUCACAGAGACCACCGAGUCUUCUACCUCAACCCUCUGUAUGAUGCAAAUGAGACAGAGACCUGA